AAGUGGGGCGUAUUUGUUAUAUUGGUUAAAAUGAGGGGCUUAGACGAGUAGUAAAAGCCGACACUUGGUUAAGUUUGGCAACGCCGCACCUUGUUUUCUUCUCCCAUUUUGCGGUUUCAGGCCGAUGGAUUCACUUAACAUCUGUUUCAGAGGGAGAAGUUGUGCUGAGUCGACUCGGAUGGGAAGCGGAAGCUCCGAGGCGGCGGCGGCGGCGCCAUCAAUGACACGUUUCCUGCUUGAUUUAGGCGGCGUGGCUGUUAUUGACGGCGGACUGGCGACGGAGUUCGAGCGACACGGUGCCGAUCUCAACGAUCCUCUUUGGAGCGCCAAAUGCCUCCUCACUUCUCCUCACCUCAUCCUCUCCGUCCAUCUAGAUUACCUUGAAGCUGGUGCAGAUAUUAUAGCCAGUGCGUCUUAUCAGGCCACAAUUCAGGGGUUUGAGGCAAAGGGGUUUUCAAGAGAAGAAAGUGAAGCCUUGCUGAGAAAAAGUGUGGAAAUGGCUUGUAGUGCACGGGAAGCAUAUUACAAAAAAUGUGAGGCUAGCUCGUCCGGUGAAAGUGUUGAUGGUAAGAUUCUUAAGAAGCGCCCAGUAUUGGUUGCAGCAUCCAUAGGCAGCUACGGUGCAUACUUGGCCGAUGGAUCAGAGUACAGUGGAAUCUAUGGGGAUUCAAUCACGCUAGAAAGUCUGAAGGAUUUUCACCGGAGACGAGUCCAGGUUCUGGCAGAAUCUGGUGCAGAUUUAAUAGCAUUUGAGACCAUUCCAAACAAGCUAGAGGCUCAGGCAUAUGCUGAGCUGUUAAACGAAGAAGACAUAAAGAUUCCAGCAUGGUUUGCAUUUAACUCAAAGGACGGUGUGAACGUGGUUAGCGGCGAUGCCAUCCAGGACUGUGUUGCUAUUGCUGAAUCAUGUGACAAAGUGGUUGCGGUUGGAAUCAACUGUACCCCUCCUAGAUUCAUUCACGGUCUAGUACUGGAGAUCAAGAAGGUGACCAACAAACCUAUACUGGUGUACCCAAACAGUGGGGAGAGCUAUGAUGCAGACCGAAAGGAAUGGGUUGAAAACACGGGAGUCGGGGAUGAAGAUUUUGUGUCGUAUGUAGAGAAAUGGUGCGAGGCAGGGGUGUGUCUGGUCGGAGGGUGCUGCAGGACAACGCCUAACACUAUCAGAGGCAUUUACAAGAGACUGCUCGGCCGCAGAACUGUGACCCCUUCCCACCGUUAGGCCCAAGUAAGGUCAUGUCCAACCAAGUCAGACUGGUUGUUUGUGCGAAUGGUUUGACAUCUUUUUCCCAGCGUGAAUGCAAACUGACCCAAAAGCCCAACUGCUUUUUUAUAAUAAACCCAAAAGCCCACUGCGUUAGCUUCUCUUGCUGCUUUGCCCAGUCCCUGCAUUUGCGCUGCGAAAUUACGUAUCGUGUUAGUACCACUCACUGUGGAUGUGGACCGGACAGUGAUAAGAUGUGCAUUCAAUUCAUGGGCGUACAAGAAACUGAUGAUGUCAUACUUGUCCCACUCUCUCUCGUGUCAGAAACUGAUGAUUGAUUGACCCUCUCCAGGAUUAAACAUAAACUUACUCCUCCCA